CUCCAGCUCCACCUGAGGACGUACAAGACAACAGCUCAAUCACUCCUGCCAACACAGAGGAAGACAUGCCGUCAGUCAAAGUUCUGGUGAUGCUCUUCGGCAUUUGUCUGCUGGCCAUAAACACAUCUGCAAUGAAACAUGGAUGCUGUACAAAAUACAUGACUGGCAGAUUACCAUUUGUUAAAAUCAAGGGGUACUCAGUCCAGACUGUGAACGAGAUGUGUCCUAUCAAUGCCAUCAUUUUCCACACAAAUAUGGGUAAAGCGUGCACCAAUCCGUCUUUGGACUGGGUGAUGAAGUAUAUCGACCGUCUAAGGAUCAAAGCACAAAGGGUUCAUAUGAACACUGCAUAGGCGCCACAGUAAACUUCAAAGGUUUAAAGAAGAUAUUCUGCUUUUUGAAGGGGGGCGGUGGAGCCUCGCUACUGUGAACAAACAGUUUUAUAUCUCAGCUUUGCUUUUUCGCCAGAAUUUUUUCACAUUUUUUAUAAUUGAGUGAACUUCUGUCCAAGUGUGUCAGCUCAG